AUGGUGACUUCGGAGGACCUGGAGGCGCGUACCCAUGACUCCGCCCUGGACGAACUGCCCGUAACGGGCAAGGGGUACUACGUGCUGCCCGAGGACGCACCCUCCUCGCUCCCCUUCGCCCGCGCUCCGCUGAUGCCCAACUCGCCUGGUUAUCUGCCCUUCACCCUUCCUCCUCCCCCCGAGCGAGACACGGCGCUCCAACUGAAGGAUCAUGGCCAUGCUGCGGUUCCGGCGAAAGUCGCAUUGUGUUUUGGGGCGAAUGGGCGCACGCUUGUGCUCGACGUCUUCGUCGACGGGUCCAAGGUGCGCUUUGUGAACGUUUAUGCGCCGGUGACCAGAUCAGAAACUAACACCUACUUUAAGGAGCUGCACGACAAUCUGGUGGAGCCCGUACCCCACGUGGUUCUCGGGGACUUCAACUGCGUCGUGGACUCCACAAGAGACGUCCGGGGCCCGGGUCAAGGAGGCUCAACCUACCACGCCAAAGAGCUGGUGAAGAUCCUCCGACACCUGCGGCUCACGGACGCGUGGGUUCACGUGCACGGAAACGAGUUCGCCCCCACCCGAACCUCGCGGACAACGGCCAGCAGACUUGACCGAGCCUACGUCCCCGAGCGCCUCGUCGGCUCUAUUGCGUCGUGCGAAGUCCUCACCCUCCCCGACGGGCUGGCGGACAGAACCGACCACCUCCCGUUGGUUACAACGGUGAGGGGGACGCCCGGCCCUCAUGCAAGAAACGAAGCUUGGCGCCUCGACCCGGCGCUCAUCAAAGACCGCACGAGCGCCCUGAGAAUAUCCGCGUUCCUGGAGGAGACGAUUGAGGCCACCCCCUGUACCAGUCCCGCGGUGUGGGACGACUUGAAGGCGAGAUGGAGAGCGUUCCUGCAAGAAGAAGAGGUGCAACGGCCAGACGGCAGCCUGAUCUCUGACCCCACAGAGAUCGAAGCGGAGUUCCACGACUACUUCGAGGCCGUUUUUCAUGAGCCGCACUAUUGGGGCCCACCCCCAGAGGCAACUCUCAUGGCCAGUCUGUGUUCGCGCCUGCCUCGACUUGCCGAAGAUGAGGGCACAGUUCUGUGUGGCGCAGCAACAGAGGAGGAACUCCGCAUAGCCAUCCGAGCCAUGCCACCGAACUCGGCUCCGGGCACCGACGGACUGACGGCCAGCUUCUACACGACUUUCUUUGACGUCUUGUGCGCCCCGCUCCUGGCCGUGGUCAACAUGGUCCUCCAGCGGCACACGAAACCCGACUCCUUCAGCGUGGGGCGCAUAGCCCUCAUCCUCAAGGACGGUGCACCCCCACGAGAACUGUCGUCAUGGCGCCCGAUCUCUCUACUCAAUGUAGACUACAAGAUCGUGGCGUCCAUACUCAACACCAGGCUGAGGACCUUCUUGCCAGACUUGAUCGCUCCCCACCAAGCCUGCGCCGUGCCUGGCCGGUCUAUGUUCGCCAACCUCACAGCCACACGAGACGUCUUCGAAUACGCGGCCCAGAAGAGAGUCACGGGUGCCUUCCUGUCCCUCGACCAAGCAAAGGCGUUUGACAGGGUCAGACACAUGUGGCUCUUCGAAGUGCUCCGCCGUUUCGGGCUCCCGCGGGAGUUUGUGGCUGUCGUCGAGCUCCUGUACUCCGAUUUGCGAAGCUGUGUCGCGGUGAACGGCCGGACUACAGCCUUUUUUCGGUACACGAGAGGCAUCAGGCAAGGGUGCCCUUUGGGACCAACCUUGUUUGUACUUUCCAUCGAGCCCCUGCUGACAACUCUGGCCAGCGACGAACGCAUCCGGGGCCUGCCAAUGACCGGUACCGAAGAGAUAAGAGUCCUGGCGUUUGCCGACGACAUAUCGCUCUUCCUCAAGGACGUGCGAAGCCUCGAUCGCUUCCGCGGCGUAUUCCAGCUAUACGCUGAGGCAUCAGGAGCCAAACUGAAUGAGAGGAAGAGCCGAGCACUGCUUUUCGGCACGUUUCCCGCAGAAGCUAUUGGCGACAUAGAACCGGUCAGCACGGUCAAGGUUCUUGGAGUGUACUUUUCCCGCGAAGGAGUGGACGUUUCUACAUGGGCGCGGGUCGUCGACAGGGCUGCACGGCUAGCCGAGCGCGCAGCGCUGUUCAACCUAACCCUGCGCGAAAAGGCGGUAGCAACAAAAACCAGCGUUCUUGCCUUGGCCUCCUACGUUAGCAGGGUGACAGUGAUGCCGGCGCGGGUGGCCACUCGACUCGGCAUGUUAGCCAAUGACCUGCUAUAG